CACAGUAAAGUGACAGUUGUCAGUGUCACUGUGACUGUGUGUCUGACUGUCUGCUGUGUGUGCCACUGUCAGGGCAGAGCAGAGCAGAUUGUCAUCGCGAGACCAAAAAUAAUUUAGGCAGUAAUUUACCUGAUUUAGUGUAUUUUCUUAGACAAUUGUUUUUUAAUGCUCACAAGUUUACAGUCAGCAGAUUUCAUCCUGAUUCAAUCAUAGCCACAAAUAUGAAAAAUGACUGUUAAUGUAUUAUUGUGGUGGAGACUUUAGUGAGUACUGAAGUGAUGGACAGUAGUUUCCACCAGAAUCAGGUUUUUCAUGCAGUGGAGUCAAACAACAGUGAGCUACUGUUGGAGCUGAUACAGGCUGGCCACAGUGUGAACAGCGAGGGGAACGACCUGAUCCGACCUCUACACGAGGCCUGUUUCAGAGGCCAUGGCGAGUGUGUUAGAGUUCUUCUUGACCAUGGGGCUGAGGUGAAUGUCCGGAACAUUGACGGAGCCACCCCACUGUGUGAUGCUGCUAGUAGUGGUCACGUGGAUAUAGUCCGGCUCCUGUUAGAACGGGGGGCAUAUGUGAAUCCACCCCUUCUUCUCACUUCACCUUUACAUGAAGCAACACUGAGAGACAAAUGGGAGACAGUUGAAGUAUUAGCUGCAGCAGGAGCCAAUUUGAACUCCUCUGAUUGUCACUUCGGAACCCCUCUCCAUGUAGCUGCCUGCCAGGGGAGCAUCAAAUGCUCAGAGAGUCUUUUACGAGCAGGUGCCUGUGUGAACGCCAUCAAGAGCCUGAACACCCCGCUCCAUGAGGCCGCUCGGAGACAGGAUGUGUCCCUCAUACUGCUUCUGCUGGCCUGUGGAGCUGACGUCACAGCACGCAACAACAACGGACUCAGGCCCGACGAACUAGUGCUCAGCUCCACCCACCCUGCAAAACGAGUCCUGAUCCAGUGGCAGAACCAUCCACGAGAUUUGAAACACUACUGUCGUCUGGUCUUAAGACGUCAAAUUGGCGCCAAAAGACUCCUGUUUAUACCGGAACUACCGGUGCCCAAGUCGCUUCAAGAGUACCUGGAUUUCCGGUUUUGUUGAAUAUUUUGUGUGUUUGGGAAAUCAGGGACAUACAUGUAUAUAAAUCUCUGGUGAAAGUUUAAUUAAUAACUGAUUUAUUGACGGAAAUAAAAUUAUAUUAAUAAAUCAGUCUUUCCAUCACUAUAAAUGUAUAAGUAUGGUGAAUGCCCGUUUAAAAGCAUGCACUGUACAAACGAAAUAUAAUGUCUGCCCGAUAGGACAUAGUUUUAUUAAAUAUAAAGAUGGCCUGUAAAUGGCUGUUAUGGUAGUAAAGGAAGGAUACCGUACUCUAACCUCUCAGCUUUUGAUGUUCAAUUAACUUUUCUGACAAAUUAGCCAUGGAACUUGGGAAUCAAACCUUGUCAGAUCCCCAUACUGUGAGCUGUAUGACUAUCUGGUUAGUGAGAGACCUAACCCACUUUUCAGCUGGAACACCUCGUAAGACCAGAGGAGAUGUUGUACCUGGGGAAAAAUCCGAGGAAACGUGGAUGUUUCUGUAUAACAGGUGUCAAUUUUUGCAUCAGAAAAUGGGGGAAAUGUUUCUUCCAGAAGUGAUAGCUCUAGGCGCUGGAAUUGUUCAGAAACUAAUCCUGUAGAAUUGAGAGUGAGCGAUUGAAAUAUAUUACAUCGAUCCAUGACCGAUAUAUAUUAAGUUAAACAGAAGAAAUGAGCGAAAUGUCUGCUCUCAGGUGUCCAUGUGUAAUUUAUACCGUGUAAUAUUACUUGUCACUUUGAGUUAUCCAAUACAGAGGGGAGUGAUCCUAUCGGAGUGCGCUUCUUUGAUUUAAAACAGGUGUCUAUGCACAGGUGAAAAUUGAAACCUUGCCAAAUGUAACGUAUAUGGAUGUAAGCAAUAGUUUGCAUACCGGCGAGUGUCAAGCACUCGAGGCACGUGCGUGGCACGCGCCGCUGAUAAAUAAAUGUAAUUUCUCCCUCCCACUAAGGCCUUCUACUAAGUUUCCGUUGUAAAUAAAAGUAAGAAGAUUUAGACGCGUUAGAUUUUCUAUUUUCCAUUGAUAGAAGAUUAACCUAACUGGUUUGAGUUUGGUACGGAGGACGGUUUUGAAAAGAGAGUUAAGACCCAAACAGCGGGCCUCUAUAGGACGAGGGUGCGGGAAUUCUUAUCUCCGGAGACAUCUUACAUUACUCGGCCCCGGGUUUUUAUCCGCGGUAUACAAAAGAGGCUUAUAGAUAUGCAGGUGAUAUCAAACCCUUUGGAGAGAGAGAGAGAGAGAGAAGAGAGAGAGAGAGAUUUCUUCAUCAUAUAUUAUUAAUAGGAGAUGUACAAGAAUAAAAUCCAUCUAGAAUGUGAUAUAAAACUUUGAUGAGGUUCUUUGCCUGCUCGGUAUAACAGGUGACGAGUGAGCGCGCGCCUGUCCCAGGCUACCGAGUUCCAUCUGUGAUCGGCCCAUCUGGGCGUCUAAUCGCUGUUUGCUCUCGCAUCGUUAUUAUAUAUUUUUCAGGUACAUGUAUUUUCCGAUUGGCUUUUGUCGGAAAAUGGAAAACUUGGCUUUCGUGUUCCAAAAUUUUCGAUCAUCUUUAAGGACAAACUAAACUGACAAGUUAAUUUACCGGAAUGAAGGCCCUAAUAAGUUAAUUUUCAAAACUGACAAAAAAUGAAGAAGAAAAAAAGAUUAAACGGCAGGCGAUAUUGUGGUUUCUGCCAUCAGACAAUGACUGCGCUAAAUCUGCCGCAGUCAGUAGAUUUACAAGAUAUUUUAAUACCAUAUUAUGUUUGUGUUGGGGGACAGAUAUUUAUUUUUUUUCUAUUCAAAUAAUAAGUCACGUGGGUCUCUGUCUGAGGGGUAAAAAUCUUAUUUAUGAAAGGGCCUUCGUGAAUUAUCGUACUUAGUGUUGACUUUCAGCAGAAAUGAUACGUUGACUGGCCAAUUUUGCUCCAAUAAAACUCGUGCAUUGAGACGCAUACCUGACGCGUUCUCAGAAGAAACGACAGUAUUGCAUAAUCCCCAUGGUUCCUUUUUCACCUGAUCUCAUAUCGGAGUCUAUCCGUAAAUCGACCCUCUUGGUCGCUCUGAGGGCCGUUUUAACAUAGAACUCCCGCCGGUACCUCCAUAGACGAGCAAACAGUCGUCUUUAACGACACUUGCGUUCAAAUUAGCAUUUAAAAAAAAUAUUGGGGAUAAGGAACUAAAUUGAAAAGCGUCUCCCUUCGAAAAUAAUUUAUUAUUAGCACAAUUGUGGUGAAAUUGAUAAAAGAGGUCGUAAAAAGCAUUCUUUUUUUAACGGGUGUUGAAUGAUGCCGUUACUUUCACUGGUAGUUGUAUGCACACACUCACACUGACACAAAUCUGUCGGUAUGCAGACACUUGAAUGAUUGUAAAUUAUUUCUUCUGAACACAUUUGUGCAUUAAUUAAUCAACCAGCUCGGAAGUACCCAGCUGCAGACACCGUGCAUUUAAUAAAUAUAUAACACCGUUUCCGGGAACGCUAGGGACACAGAUUUCAAGGAAAAGAGCAGCCGAGGCCCCGGCGUGAGAUACCCCGCGAUUGAUUGUCAGGUGAACACGAGGGUAUCGUGAGUGGGCGUGUCCAAGGUAUGCUCCGUAUCACCGGAACUCGUCCGUGACCUGCUCAAAUGUAGAUGAUAUCCCGUUCCUCAAGCUGAUUGGUCGAUUAAAUACUUUAAUCCAAUCUUUUAACUGACGUAUAAAUAGGGAGAUAUAACUAUAAUGAACUGCAUUCUAUAUGUACCAGCUGUCCUU